CCGCCCUCAGCCCCCUCCCCACUUUUUGGGCCCCCCCCUCUCACCCCCAUCAUGACCAAAGCGGAGAUGGGCCGCUUUAACAUCUCCCCCGACGAAGACAGCAGCAGCUACAGCUCCAACAGCAACGAGUUCCCCUACCCCUACCCCACCAAGCAGGCGGCCCUCAAAAGCCAUUAUGCUGAUGUCGAUCCAGAAAAUCAAAACUUUUUACUUGAAUCAAAUGCGGGGAAGAAGAAGUAUGAAACCGAAUAUCAUCCAGGUACUACUUCCUUUGGAAUGUCAGUAUUUAAUCUGAGCAAUGCUAUCGUGGGUAGUGGAAUCCUUGGGCUUUCUUAUGCCAUGGCUAAUACUGGAAUUGCUCUUUUUGUAAUUCUCUUGGCAUUUGUGUCAAUAUUUUCCUUAUAUUCUGUUCAUCUCCUUUUGAAGACAGCUAAUGAAGGAGGUUCUUUAUUGUAUGAACAAUUGGGACAAAAAGCGUUUGGUAUGGCAGGAAAACUUGCAGCCUCUGGAUCAAUUACAAUGCAGAAUAUUGGAGCUAUGUCAAGCUACCUCUUCAUCGUGAAAUAUGAGUUACCAUUGGUGAUCCAGGCACUAAUGAGCAUUGAGGAAAAUAAAGGGGAGUGGUACCUGAAUGGUGACUACUUGGUUCUGCUGGUGUCAUUAUUACUCAUUCUUCCUUUGUCACUGCUGAGAAACUUAGGUUACCUGGGAUAUACAAGUGGCUUCUCCUUAUUGUGCAUGGUCUUCUUUCUGAUUGUCGUGAUCUGCAAGAAAUUUCAAAUCUCUUGCCCCUUUGAAACUGAAAUGGUGAAUGAGACGGUGAAUAACACUUUUAUGCACCUGGCAGAAAGUCAAACAUCUGCAUUAGAAGUUAAUGUGACUGAGGAAGAUACGUGCAAGCCACAUUACUUUAUCUUCAACUCUCAGACUGUCUACGCCGUUCCAAUCCUGACGUUUUCAUUCGUCUGCCACCCUGCAAUUCUCCCCAUUUAUGAAGAAUUGAAAGGGCGCAGCCGGAGAAGAAUGAUGAAUGUGUCCAAAAUUUCAUUCUUUGCCAUGUUUCUCAUGUACCUGUUGGCUGCUCUCUUUGGAUACUUGACAUUUUAUGGAAAUGUUGAGCCAGAAUUGCUUCACACUUAUUCUGCGGUUAUGGGUGCUGAUAUUCUUCUCCUCAUUGUCCGUUUGGCUGUAUUGAUGGCUGUCACACUUACAGUACCUGUAGUUAUUUUCCCAAUUCGCAGUUCCAUCAUUCAGCUAUUGUGUGCAGCAAAAGAUUUCAGUUGGUGGCGUCAUACUCUUAUUACAGUGUCGAUUUUAUCAUUUACCAACGUGCUUGUGAUCUUUGUCCCAACUAUUAGGGAUAUCUUUGGGUUCAUUGGUGCUUCUGCUGCUGCCAUGUUGAUUUUUAUUCUUCCUUCAGCCUUCUACAUCAAACUAGUGAAAAAAGAGCCCAUGAAAUCUGUGCAAAAAAUUGGGGCUGUAUUCUUCUUGCUAAGUGGCAUAUUUGUGAUGACUGGAAGCAUGACCCUGAUUAUUCUAGAUUGGAUCCACAAUGCUUCUUUAGAUGGCCAUUAACUGGAAUGACUAAAACUUGAAUCCUUCACUUCAGACUCCAGUGUUCAGUCAACAAUCUACUGAAAACGAAAUUUCACCUAUGUUUGCAGUUUCACUUCCUUUUGAAACACAGAUUCUUUGCUGGUUCUUCUGUGUGUAGAAUAAGUGAACUCUUGGGAAAUUAUUCUGCAUGGUAGAAAUGGAAUUUAACAACCAACCGCCUGAGUCUCUGGCUAAGGGAAGUGACAAUUUUAUUCCAUUCCAGAGAAUGGACAAAACUCUCUUAACUUUUAUCGAGCCACAUGUCUGGCUUUUGUCAUUAUUGUUACUUGGAUAUUUUAUGAUUUUACUUGAAUGUGCCUAAGGGAACCAUUCGAUGUGAGAAAUAAUCCUUAAUUUACAGUGAAGUAUUGAAAUAACCAAUGAGAGAACACUAUUAUUUUUUUGUACCAAAAAUACUUAAUAGACCUCAAAAGCACUAUUUUAAUUUUAAGAAAUUGCUUUUUUGAACUUUAUCCAGCUAGGGUUGUCAGUAGAACCAGUAAAAAUGUUUCAUCGGUGUGUAAAACUUGCCUUUUUAAUAGGCAUGAUAAGCCAAAAACUUUUUUUACCCAAAAGUAAUCAUUUUUAAGAGGAAAAUUAUAUCCGUUCCACUGAUGUGAGGAAAAUAUCGACUAGAAACAUAGAUUUUUGUUGUUGUUAUUGUUUUUGUUCCAUUCAAUUCGCCAUUAACUUAAAAAUGAAAUUUACAAAUAUUUGCUAUUGGCAUCCCAGGUCAGAUGAUUUAACUCUUAAUUGCCAUGGUUUUUUUUUUUUUUUGUCUGCCUUUAAAUCACAUGGCUGACGAAUUCUGAAAUUUUAAAAAAGGAAUUUAUUGUAUCAGCAUGGAAGAUGACAAAACAUAUUUCUGUGGUAAAAACACAUUGAGCUAAUAGAGCUUGAGGUACCAAAUAGUGCACAGUUCGUUCAGUUGCAUCUAUCUCCAGAGACAUUGACAACUACAGUUAGAUUCUGGUCAGCAAUUCACUUUUGAAAUGGCUACCAACAGCGGAGAAAACCUGGGGACUCGUUUCCUCACUCAGCAGGACUCAGAUGACCCGGUAUUUCCGAAUUCACGCUCACUACUACAAGCAUGAAAUACUUGAUGAUUCGUUUUAAUCCUCAUUCUGUAUACACUAGAGGCCUAGUCCACAGGUUAUGCCGAUGUUUGUAUUACAAGUUCUCUUUGUACGAGGAACUGGGAUUCUCAGCAAUGCAGUCAAUAUUUUAUAAUGACUCAUGCACUGGAUUGUCACCUCAUACUUGUUUGCUUUAUAACUAUUUUUUGUUUACAACCAGAGGAACUAGUGGUACAUGAGAAUAAUUAGAUGUUUUGGUUCUCCUGCAUGUUCGUUGGGCCAUUUCUAUCCCAGUUGAAAGACAAAAAGCUACUCUUAAACUUGGCUUUUAAGAGCAUAUUUAUGGUAUGUGGUGAAUAUAUUAUCAAACCAUGUGGUACUCAGCAUAUAUUUAACCACCUAAUUUAUAUAACUCCAGUAGUUGUUGAAGAAAGCAAAUGAUGGGAUCAUCCAGUUCCUUAGCGGGUGCUCAUGGUUUCUCUCGAAAAACUGGCACUACAUUCAGUUCUAGGAAAUAGUCUAAGUGUGGCAAACGUGGUAUAGAUUACCCAGUAUUCUUUCUAUAUGCAUAAAGAUCAUAGUCAUUGGGGGGGAAAUCUCCUUUUAUGUAAUUUUGCAGAAGAACAAAACUUGUAAGUACUAGGUUUAAUGGACCAGUGUCCUACUACUUUCAUGUGCAAUUGGGCCUCAUUAAAAUGAUUUGGAAUAAUUUGGGGUAUCAUGAGAAAAUGGAUUCCACCUCACUGCUGUUAUUUUGGGGCUGGGCCAUCUGGUUCGCCGGGGACUCUUAUGUGUCUCUUGAGCCCCACCUGUAAUUCAAGCCAAGAAUCGUGCUCCUUGUUCUGCAAAAUAGUGCUGUAUGCCACCCUAGAAACAUGCAGGGAAAUGCCAUGUGAAGACAUUUUCCACCAUUUUCCAUUUUCCACCUAUCCUUGGCAGGGAGCAAGAGCUACCCAUUGCCCAUGAGACACAGUAAACAAAGUUGGGAAGGAUGGGAAACUUCCCAGUGCCCCGCUAGCCCGGUGCAUGAUUCUCCAGAAGCCCGACUGCCUUUAGAUUCAUUAAUCUCCUUCAAUGGGCGGUCUUCAGUAUUAAACCACUGUUUUGUCACCUCAGUUUGCAUUACUGUUUUCCAUGGAUUUUUUUUCCAGUCAUAACUGUAAUAUGUUAUUUAUAGAACACCAUUAAUCCAUUAAAGCUAACCUAUUUUUCGAUAUUUAUGAUAAUCUGUACAUAAACUGUCCGUAUAUGUGUAAAUAAGGUGUAUAUAACUGGCUCUUGGGCAUGUGUACAUAUUUCUGUUUAUUACAGCAUUUUGUUGAUUUCAUGUUGUGCAUCUGUGUAAGAAUUGUUAAAAGUUCCUGUAAAGAAAAACUAAGGAUAGAAAUGUUAUCAAGUUGUGUAAGAGCACAUUGGAAUUCCAGUUGAAUAUUUAUUAAAACUGUUUUUGCAACAAACACAAACCUAAGAUGCCCACCCCUCCCACCCCCUCAAAAAAGUAAUGAAAAUGUGGUGCAGGUCCAGACUUAUUACUAACAGGUUUUAUUUUUCACAAUGUAGUGGUUAUCAAAUGUGAUAUUGAAAAGGCCUUCAUACGCAGGUGUUCUAAAUCUCUGUACAUUUUGUAUAUACAUAUACCCACUGUACUGUUAGAGGCCAACAAUUCAAGAUGACUUGUUGGCAAAGAGUGUUACACCGUUUCAAUGAAACAUUGUAUGUUUGUUUUAACUAAACUAAAAUAAACACAAGUUUAAUCCUUAAA